CGGGCCGGGCUGCUGCCCGAGGGGCUGCGCCGGCAGGUAGAGCCCGGACAGGGGAAGAACAGAGCGCCGGCACCUCCGCCCGCGCCCCAUGAGCCGUACGGACCGCGGCGGGGAGCGCCUGGCGAGCGGUCCGUGGCGCGCUUCCCACACGGCGGCGGCGCUAUGUUGGCCCGCUGCCUCCGGUGGCUCCGGCACCCCUACGGGCGCUCCAUGCCCGCCUCCGAGGCCGUGCCGCAGCCGUCCCCCAGCAAGAGGCAGAAGGGCUCGGGGCCUGGAGAAGCCUCCGCACGGCUGCGCUUCACCAAGCUGUCCGAGAACGCCUUCGCCCCCUCCAGGGGCUCCGCGCGCGCUGCGGGCUACGAUCUGUACAGUGCCUAUGACUGUGUGAUACCACCCAUGGAAAAGGCUGUGGUGAAAACAGACAUUCAAAUAGCACUUCCUUCUGGAUGCUAUGGCCGAGUAGCACCACGUUCUGGUUUAGCUGCAAAGCACUUCAUAGAUGUUGGAGCUGGUGUUAUUGACGAGGAUUACAGGGGAAAUGUUGGUGUGGUACUGUUCAACUUUGGCAAGGAGUCAUUUGAAGUUAAAAAGGGGGAUAGAAUUGCCCAGCUCAUCUGUGAACGCAUUUAUUAUCCAGAGCUAGAAGAAGUUGAAGCUCUGGAUGAUACAGACCGUGGUGAAGGUGGCUUUGGCUCUACUGGAAAGAACUGAAAAUUACUUGAAUACGCUUUCUAUUUUUGUUUUUUGCUAUACUAUUUCUAAAUUUUCAUCUGAAUUAGAAAUAGGAUUUUUGGAGUACAUAAAAAUAUUUCAAGUUUUAUUGAGACUUCUCCGUAUCUAUCCUCCAGUGAAUUUGUUUGCAUAAUGAGGAAAUGUGCAGGACUGGCUUGACUUACUAGUUGAUGUAUUAUUUUUUCUUUCAAGAUGUUUGGUCCUCAGCAAUGAGAACACAUUGUUUAUGUGGCAAUUAUACUAUAAUAAAUGAAACAAUAACUUAAUGA